AUGUUGCCGUACGUAUUUUCUUUGCUUUGGUUUUGUGAACCAUGUGACUGAACACGGAAACAGAUCGUGUCAACCAUAGACAUGUCUAUGGUGUCAACAACAAAACCAAUGAUGAUGUCGGAGUGGCACCUUUCAUUGAAGCCUGUGAAUCAGCCCAAAUCAAUCUUCCAUUUCCCUGAGACCAUGCCUGGAGACGUUUCUCCUGGUGGCUACAGAAUAUCUACCUUGAAACAGCUUAUGUCAGCACAGCUCCCGGAUUCCCUACCAGACCCCGAACACAUAGAGCUGAUACACUGUGGGCGAAAGUUGAACGACGACUUGACCUUAGACUCCUGUGGGAUCCAGCCUGGAUCCACCCUACACAUCCUCAAGAAGUCAUGGCCAGAACCAGAAAUCAGGCCAGAGCCAGUGAACAGGGCAACUGCAGCCAGGGACUUCCGUGUGCUUCAAGCAGGCCUGCACUCCAACGCCGUUUACAGAGACUUGGUGUUUAAGAUGCUGACCAAUAAGGAGUCUCUAGACCAGAUCAUUGUGGCCACGCCUGGACUAAAGUCUGACCCUGUGGCACUAGGAGUGCUCCAGGACAAAGAUCUAUUUGUGCUGUUCACGGACCCUAAUAUGCUGGAUGUGUUGAUCAGUUCUCAUCCGGCACUGGUCAGUGCCAUCAUCCUGGUGUUCCACUCAGUGGCUGGCAGCAUUCCCGUCCCGUCCAGCGCCGGCUCCUCCCGCAACGUGUCCUCCGGCUCCUACGGUGACAUGCCAGGAGGGUUCAUGUUUGAGGGCAUGUCUGAUGACGAUGACGACUUUCAGUCAGGCAACCAGGCCGGCCCGUCCAACCGAGCUGGAGGUCCCGCAGGAAUGCGUCCGGUGUCCCUAGGCCAUAGUGGCGCUACAGGCCCCCGACCCAUAACCCAGAGCGAGUUGGCCACCGCCCUGGCCCUGGCCAGUACCCCUGAGAGCAGCGCUGUCACCCCCACUGCUGGGGCCCAGCAGGACCCGCCCUCUGGAGGCCCUCCCAUGCCAGCCGGGACUCCCGUCAGCAAUGACCUUUUCAGCCAGGCACUUCAGCAGGCUCUGCAGGCCUCCAGCAUGUCCAGCAUGUCCUCUCUGCAGGGGCGUUGGCAGUCCCAGCUGCAGCAGCUGAGGGACAUGGGGAUCCAGGAUGAGGAGCUGAUGUUGCGGGCGCUGCAGGCUACAGACGGGGACAUCCAGGCCGCUCUGGAGCUCAUCUUCGCUGGAGGGCUAGGGCUCUGAGUCUACCCAGAGGGAAACCUCUGUAACACAGGCUAAGGACACCUGUCAUCCUGUGACACGGACACUUAUGGAAAGGAUGUUUCAGACAUGGAGGCCUCAUACGGGACGAUUUAUGGAGCUAGGUGAAAUGGCUGGAGAAACAUGACUCACUGUUGUUUCUGACUUGUAAUAAAGACUAACGUGCAUCUAAUCUGCCCAGAA